AUGUCUUCUCUUCCAGAUCGUUUCUAUAUUAUUCUUAACGGCCUCCACAUAGUUAAACCAGAUCACGACCCUGACAAAAGAAGAACAGCUUCAGUGGGAGGUGUAUUUCUCAUUACACCUACCAUUUUCGAACUCCAAGGUGAUCGUCUCAUCAGCGGCGAUAGAGCUCUGGGUCGCUUCCCAGCUGAACGCCCUGGAAUGGGUCCCCAGGUGCUUGUUUGGUUUAGAAAGGAAGACGCCCAUUCCUCUCACCCUCUUCUAGUCAAAGCAAGGGACAGCAAGCCUGAGUCGAGAUUCACAGUAUCGCCUCUUGACAGAGAAGGAUGUCCUAUGUCUCUAUGCGAUGAUCAAGUUGCCUGUUGGACUGAGAAUGAAACGGCUCUAGAAGUGAAUGUUGAGAUCGUGCCUGUUGAUGAGUAA